GGAUGCGGAUUGGCACCACUGCUGUGGACCAUAUAUCUGGGCUGGGUGCUCAACGGGUUACACAAAGAACCGGCAUUAUGCAAUGACACAGUCAACACCACAUAUGCCGACGACCUGCCCUACAGCUGGAUUGUGGCCUACGAGUCCAUGCGGGGCAGCUUAGCUGGCCUGAGCAGGAGAGGAUUGCGAAUCAGCACGGACAAGACUGUUGCCAUUGUCUCUCUUAGUGGACCACAGGCGGACAACUGUCUAUGGCGAUACACUGUGCCACAUCCGGAGACGAAAGGUCCAUGUCUCAGAUUCACCAUAGAUGGGAAGGCGACCUACAUCAAGCUGGUUACACAACAACUGUAUCUAGGAGUGAUGAUUGGCUAUGGAAAGUUUGAGCAGCAAACCUUUGCCCAUCGGCUUUCUUUAGCGAAACACACCUACAGUCGUUUGUCGGCCGUCUUCAAAUGCAGAGAUGUACCUUGCUUCCUCAGGUCCAUAGCCAAGUCACAUAGCAUGUUCACACAUGAGACCAACGAGGCCUUCGCGAGCCGCAUGAAACUGCCGAACCCGGUGCAGAGGCUCCUUGAUGCCCAGCUGCGACGGAUUGAGUCGGAUAGACAUCACUUCAGCCCUCCGAUGGCAGGCUCUCCUCAACAACAAUGGCGGGAGCUGGUGAAGGGGCAGCUCUUAGAAGCCAGGGACAUGGACGCACUCCGAAAGGUGAAAACUAGGCUACGGCUGGUGCAAGAUGUUCUACAUGAACAGUUCAGCUGUGAGGAGUGUGGCCAGGCUUUUAUCACCCAGGCUAACAGUGUACAGAAGACUGCUGCAUCGGUGGUUGAACUAACUAGCAGGCCACGGCGCAUGGAAGGGGACCGGUGCUUAAAUCGUUGGACCAUGACGAUCAACAUGGACAAAGACAAAAGAUGCCUGGAGGAGGCCACGAAGGAGCUGGAGCUGCUCAGGGCCCUUGCCCCGGCGGAGGUGAUCCAAGUGGGGCCCCCAGGACAACUGGGACAGGCCACACCGACGUCGACGACAACGCGGACAUCCCAAGAUCCAAAGGGAAGCCAGGACCGAGCCUCGAAGUUCCAGCGUCCAUGGGACAGUUCGCAGGCCGCCAAGACCGCAGCAAGGGCUAUGGAGGAGGACCAGGACGAGGAGAUGAUCGCCGAGGACACGUACGACAUCAAGUCGUUCCUGAACAUGGUCCUGCUUCGCCACGAGGAACCUUGCCACCAGUACCACCAGGUGGGCAAGACAUGGCACGAGACCAAGAGCCAAACACCGGAGCAGCUGACCGCCCCGAUGAGUGUGGUGUUGAUGCAGCGCCAGCUCGUGACGGUCCUCGAGAGGAUGACCAAGAUGAUGGAGACGCCCUCCUCCCGCUCUACAGCGGUGGGACUGGGCUGGUUGUCAGAGAAUGAGCAGGAGAUCAUGGGGCUCAGGUGGAACGCGGAGACCAGGCAACAUGUUCGCGAACAGAAGAUGCCUCCCCUACGAGUGCAAGAUGUCAAGGCGGCCCUGGAGGAGCUGAUUGUUCUCAUCAAGGAGCCCAUGGUGGUGGCCAGAUACCACGCUACCCGCCCCUUGAGCGAGCAGUACCAGUCGCCCACCCUCACGAUGCUCAUGGAAAUUGGGCCAUACAUAGUGGACGCCUGGGGUCCGCAACACCCCUUGCAGAUAGCCAAGCAUCGCCCCUUCAAGAGACUUGAUCAUAGCAGCCAGCUUCUGGGCCAGGGGGCUCCGCUGAAUCCUCUCUUGCCUCAAGAAGACUCCUGCCUGGUGAGAGGUCUCCGUGCGGAGUCCAACCUUUUCUGGAGGGCCCAAAUGGGGGGAUGGCGUGCUCCGGCUCGCCAACACGAUGCCGCGGAGUUCCUUCAGCAUCUGAUGAGCAAGCUAACUCUGGCUGCAACAACGCUUGCAGUGACCUGGGAGGCACGGCAGCCAGAUGACUCGCACUGGCUCAGAACGGAUGGGGGCCAGUCGGUUCCAUGGUUGCUGCAGCCACCCUAUGUGGCAGAGGGAACACUGCCACGGCCGAGGGUUACAGUUCAGCAGAUGAUUGAUGAGUGGCAUCAGCAAGACGGCUGUGUUUGGGAGCUUGGCAACUCCUUGCUUCCAUUCUUGUCCACCGCUGGACAGCUUCCGGAGGACUUGGCAGCAGCAGUGCUUCGGACCGCCUCCGAGAUU